UUUCUGCGGGAGGAAGCGGUGAGAUCUCUUUUUGAAGGUGCGCAUUACAGUAUGUCGGUAUGAAUCUGCUACACGGCGGCGAUCAGCAGAUGCCGGCUACAGGGAGGACAGACAGACAGACAGACGGACGGACAGACGGACGGACAGACAGACGGACGGUAUUAACCGGAAAGCCCGCGUCGCAGUGAGAAAAAUAACCUGAUCAGACCUGCACGCAGAGCUCGGACACCUUCCAGAAGAUACGACGCUGACAAAAAAAGAAGAAAAAUGUCGAUGCCGAAUUACGCCUCUGUUUUUUUAACACCGGAAAUCCAUUUAUAUUGGGACAGAUUUCUGCUCGCCGAUGAUUAUUAACCGGGAAAGAAAGCCGCGCGCGCUCAUUAGGAUUACCAGCCGAGCAUGUGCAUCAGUGUGUGAGUAAGCGCGAGCUUCGUGCUAAACCUGACACUGAAUCCGCCUUCAGCAAACUCUCUCUUCACGGCUGCACUGGGCUAAUGAUGACCAUAAUAAUGACUGGCAUGUGUUACAUUAGUGUGUUUAGUAUAUCCGUUAAGACAUAAUGAGUAGGACGUUAAAACAACAACAACAACAACAACAACAACAAUAAUAAUAUGAUUAUUAUGCCAUAAUGUAAAUAUAUGCGUACUGCAAAACAUCAUUUUCGACUUAAUGCAAAACAUCAACAUGAUGACACUGUAGGAUACUUUAGGAACACACACACACACACACACACACACACACACACACACACACACACAGUAUUUACAUAUCACACGCGGGUUUUUAGACUUUUAUGUGCGCACAAGGUCGAGGAUGCCGGAUUGCGUCAGUGUCGGUGGACGUUGCUGCAGGUGCGGUGUGAUGGCGCAAGUGCACGGACCUGACCUGCGCUUUUAACUGUUAUAACGGGACAUCGGAGAUGGAGGUGGCGCGCGCGUGCCACUCCACCGAGCCGCCUGUGCUAAAGCCGGACUCGAAAGCGAUCGACCGGAAGGACAGCCGCGGUGACACGGAGCCUGCCGCAGCGCGAUUAGGCGCGAGCGAACCGAGCGCGAGCCUCCAACAACAGCCGACGGACUGCCGGAGUUCGGCCAGGCGCAAGUUCAUCCGCACCAACCUGUGGUUCUCGGAGUCGGAGGAUCACGGUUUGGAGACGCCGGAAUGCGGCGACAGCAUGAGCACCGGGAUCGGCCGUCCCGUCGGGAACCCUCGCAGAACUCGGUACCGAAAGAGCUCGAGCGCAGGGAGUCCGGUGCGUACCCAAACCUGCACCGACGUACCGGGACAGAAAAGCGAGGCCGAGCAAAAGCAGGAGGCCGCCGCCGCGAGCGCGCCCGGGAAGGACGAGCACGAGCACGGGCACGUGGAGGAGGAAGAGGAUGAAGAAGAGGAAGCCGGGAUGACGGCCGUUAGCACUUCUCCCAGCGGCCGCUUCCUCAAGUUCGACGUGGAGCUCGGCAGAGGCUCGUUUAAGACCGUGUACAAGGGCCUGGACACCGAGACAUGGGUGGAGGUGGCGUGGUGUGAACUUCAGGACCGUAAGCUGUCUAAAGUGGACCGCCAGAGGUUUAAGGAGGAGGCGGAGAUGCUGAAGGGUCUCCAGCACCCCAACAUCGUCCGCUUCUAUGACUUCUGGGAGUCUCCUGUCAAGGGAAAGAAGUGCAUCGUCUUGGUUACCGAACUAAUGACGUCGGGCACGUUAAAAACGUACCUGAAGCGCUUCAAGGUGAUGAAGCCGAAGGUGCUGCGUAGUUGGUGCAGGCAGAUCCUCAAAGGUCUUCACUUUCUGCACACACGCACACCUCCCAUCAUCCACCGAGACCUAAAGUGCGACAACAUCUUCAUCACAGGCCCCACAGGCUCGGUUAAGAUCGGGGACCUGGGCCUGGCUACACUCAAGAGGGCCUCCUUUGCCACGAGCGUCAUCGGCACUCCCGAGUUCAUGGCUCCCGAGAUGUACGAAGAGCACUACGACGAGGCCGUAGAUGUCUACGCGUUUGGCAUGUGCAUGCUGGAGAUGGCCACGUCCGAGUACCCGUACUCCGAGUGCCAGAACGCUGCUCAGAUCUACCGCAAAGUCACCAGUGGUGUAAAGCCAGCCAGUUACUGUAAGGUCACCGUCCCCGAGAUUAAGGAGAUCAUUGGGGAGUGUAUCCGCUAUCACUGGGAGGAAAGAUACUCCAUUAAGGAUCUGCUGAAUCAUGCCUUCUUUGCAGAGGACACUGGCGUCAGGGUGGAACUCGCUGAGGAAGACGAUGGCAAGAAAACAUCGAUCGCCCUCAGGCUUUGGGUGGAGGACCAGAAGAAGCUGAAAGGGAAGUACAAGGACAGCGGUGCAAUCGAGUUCACCUUUGACCUCAACAAAGAGGUGCCAGAGGCAGUUGCUCAAGAAAUGGUUGACUCUGGCUUUUUCCUAGAGAGCGACAUGAAGAUUGUCGGCAAGUCAAUCCGGGACCGCGUGGCUCUCAUAAAAUGGCGUAGGGAGCGGACCAUCUCCAGGGGCAAGUGCGAGACUGAAAAGAAGGUCACUGAGGACCGUGCACAGAACGUGCCUCAGGAUCCCUGUCCUAAGUUGACACAGAGUGCCAUGCCCAUUGCUCAUACAGAGCCUGGGGAUCACGACAAUGAGUCAGUCAACCUCUCUAGUGGCCCCACCAGUUCAAACACAUCAGACAGUGUUGCCGGCCCUGCACCGGUCUCGGAUGGUGUGAAUAACCAGCACGGCAUUAUUUACCAGUCAUUGUCAGAGCCCAUCAGCACUUCCCAGACAGUCCUCAGUCCACCAGCACAGCUCCUUACUCAGUUACAUCACGUGACCCAAUCACAACUAACGACUCAGCUUCAUCAGGAGGUCCAAAACCAGUUCGGAGCUCAGCUGCACUCGGGAGCACAACGAGUCCAGUAUACGCAAGAGAUCAUGCAACAACUUGUGGAUCCACAAGAUCACGCUGUCCAGCUGCAUCAAGUGGCCCAGCAACAGCCCGUUGCUCAGUUACAUCAAGAGGUCCAGCAGCAACCUGCUAUACAUCUCCACCAUGGAGGACAGCAACAGCAACCCGCUGCACAGUUACUCCAGGGGAUCCAGGCGCAAGGUAUGCAGCAUAAUCCCGCUGUGCAGCAGCAUCAUGUGGCCCAUCAGCAACCUUCGGCACAGCACCAACAGGAGGCCCAGCAACAACCCGUAGCACAGUUAUAUCAUGGAACUUAUCAGCAAUCCACCACUUCAGUACAUCAAGGAGCCUUCCUGCAGACCUCAGUACAGCGCAACCAGAGUCUGUACCAGCAGUCUCCUCCUCCCACUGGUAAAUUGGUUCAGACUAUAUCAGCUCCAGCGACCCCAGCAGCAACUGCACCACAAGGACAGGAGUUUCACCUCUAUCUCCAUCCUGCAGCUUUCCUGUCCCAGACGUUAGCAAAUCUGCAGCCAGUUCUGGAGGCAACUUCUGAUGGACAGACACAUCCUCAGCAUCUGCAUCAACCGGCUUCUGCUGUGCUCAGCACUGCGCCACCUUCUCAACCACAGCAGACUGUUCAUGCUACACCCCUACUGCAGCCGCUUCAGAUUUCCACUCAAUUUUCUUCACCGUACUCCGUUAUGUCGGCAGUGGGCACGCCUGCCAGAAGUGAGGCGGUGACAUUUUCCGCCAUGCCAUACAGCAGUCCCUACCCCAGUAGCGCUCCUCCAGUACCUCCAUCCUACUACUCUGCCAGUCCGGUCCAUGUUCCACUACCUCUCUCAGCCACACAGAACAUGCCCUCCAUACCUGGAGCUGGUACACCCCAAACCCCUGUAUCUGCUCCUCUAGGACCAAUCCUAGGCAUAGCCCUUUCUCCAUCCCUCAUAGCACAACAACAGCAGGUAUACCCGUCUGCUCUUCAACCAGAGGGCUCCCUCCAUCAACUCCAACCCACCCAGCCAUCUCUGCCCCUUUCUCAUACGUUGCUGCAGCCACCGUCCUCCUUUCCUCCGCAAGAGCCGUGUAUUGGUGCACCACCUGAACAGGACGAACCGGUAGACCACGCACAUGCAGACCCAACUCAGAUCACGUCUCUUCCACACAGAGAGGAAUCUGAGCAAGAAUUCACUGCAGCCGCUUGGGGUGAAAGUUGCACUGACCCGAGCAGUGCUCAGCAGAUCCAGGAGCCAGCAUCUGUAUUCGUCCCUCCGGUGUCCGACCCGAGCCAUGAGGAGCCAGUACACAUGCCACUCCCCAUCUAUACCUGUGACAGUUUGAAUUCAGAUGCUGCUUCGGGUAAAGAGAUGAGUGAUAGCUAUGAUGGCACCAUUAGUGGAGGGAAAGGUGACGGGAAACCCCGAAAACAUCAUCGCAAGUCUGCCCGCACCCGCUCGCGGCAGGAGAAGACCAGCAAACCCAAGCUCAGCAUACUCAAUGUUUGUGAUACUGGUGACAAAAUGGUGGAAUGCCAGCUGGAGACCCAUAACCACAAAAUGGUGACAUUCAAAUUUGAUCUGGACGGAGACGCACCCGAGGAAAUAGCCACAUACAUGGUGGAGAACGGCUUCAUUCUGCCCAUAGAGAAGGAGAUCUUCAUCGAUCAGCUGAAAGACAUCGUGGACAAGGCUGAGGACAUGCUGAGUGAGGAGGUAGAGGGGGAGAGACCGGGCGCCCUGAGGGAUACUCCGCUUCAAGGCAGCUCUCCUGUUGGAACGGGGGAUGAGGUGAGGACAAACGGGAGUCUGCGAGGACAGAAGGACGGCACGCCGCAGCCUGUCUAUCAGCAGAAUGUGCUGCAUACCGGUAAGAGAUGGUUCAUUAUUUGCCCUGUGGAUGAGCCGAGUGUCAGCCAGGACGUGUCGUCGGAGGGAGCUACGGCUACACCCCAUACAAGUGGACUGAGCGAUGGCACAGCGCCGAGUCAGACUGCGGACAGCAGCACCGCACAGCCACUGGAGCACUGCACUGCUCCUGCUUCUACAGAUUCAGCAGGUUAUGCCACAGCUCCUCCAUCUGGUGGCAGUGAUGCUCAUGGAUUCAGCCCACUGUCUCUGACCACCGUAGACCCCUUAUCCUUGGUUCCACUCUCUGCCACCCUGCCAUCGCAGUCUGUCAGUGACCCGAUUACACCAAACCACGCUGCCCAGCAGGCGGUGGACGUGGCCAGCGCUGCGUCCAGAGCCGAGGACGUGCCGUGCUGCCAGCUAGUCAUGCCAUUAGCGCUGGACGCAGGCGUGGGUGCUCAGCGCUCCUCACCAGUGUCCCCUCCCCUCAUGCAGGACGCUCACGGCAUUGUACUGCAGCAGCCGUUUGCAUCCGUGGUCGGUGCCAAGCCCCCUUCGCUGCCCCAGAGCCCUGCCACCUCGCAGCACCAUCACGCCCCCAACGAGUCAGACGGGGAAGGUCGGGCCCGGGUGGGGUUUGUAGACAGCACCAUCAAGACGCUGGAUGAGAAGCUGAGAAAUCUACUGUAUCAGGAAUAUGUGCCCAUGUACCCAUCAGGCUGUGCAGCGGAGACUCCAGGCUCAGGAACGGAGUAUGUUCAGUCUCCACCUGGACCGGAGAGCGCAACAGGGGGGUCGGGCAACAGCACGCCCAAAAUCAUCGCAGACGGGCGCAUCAGAGCCGGGGAGCAACUGCCACAGAUCCCAGAGCGAGUAGACAGUCUGAGCACGCUCAGUGACUCCGCCGUUGCCGUCCCAGUGUCAAAGAAACCGAUACUUCCUCACUCCACCUCCUGCUCGAGCUCCAGGAGUCGCUAUAAGAUGACAGCUGGUGCUCCUGACUUCCUUUCUGGGACCCAGAUGAAGCAGCGGAGUUGGAGCAGCACGGCGUCUCCAGCACACCCUGGUGCCUGUUAUGGGGAGCGCAGCAGCCUUUACGCAGAACCCAACACGCCCUUUAGUGCAGAGGACGACGAUGCCACACGCAGGAAACACAGCAGCAGGAACUCAGCGCCACCUGAUUUCUGCCUGGACCCUCUGUCCUCUCUCAGUGAGCAUGGCUCCCUGCCACAAGCACGCACAUCUGUCUCAGCAGAUGUCCAUGCUCGCUUCAUGUCUUCUGACUCUGGGGCAGAGAGCAGCCCAGCCAAAAUGGUGCCUCCUACACCAUCCCGCUCGGAGAGGAGAGGAAGCGACCUCAUGAGGAGGGCGGUAGCCUUCCUGAGGCGUUCGGGCCGCAGCAGCAGUGUGCAGAGCUCUGAUUCACCCAGCAGACACGGUGGGACCUGUGCCUCAUACAUGAGCAGUGAUAAUGACUCCGAGAUGGAGGACUUGGACAUUAAAAAUGAACUGCACAGACUGAGGGAGAAACAUCUGAUGGAGAUUUCAGAACUACAGGCUCACCAGCGUGGGGAAAUCGAGCUGCUGUAUCUCCGGCUCGGUAAAGCACCGCCUCCUGGCCUCAGCCUCACAGCAACAGUGCCCCCUGCUGGACGCAGACGCAGAGCCAGCAAGCACAAACUCAGGGCGAGCAAACUGCUCAGCCCUCUGGUCCAGCAGAUAAGAAGCGUCACCAAAACAAGCGACAGCAGCAAACCUGCUGAGCCUGCUUUGAGCGUGAACGGCUCCCCAGCCAAAGCCUCAGAGGGGUGCGUCAGCCGGUCUCGCUCGGGGACUGACACUUUGCCCAGCUCAGUAUCAGAACCGGUCCAGACCCAGCAGCCCUGCUCUCUCAAGGCCUCAUUGUCAUCUGAUAAUGUCUGUUCCGGACUGCAGGGAGAGGGAGCGGGAGUGUACAGCCACCCAGGACCGGGAUGGUCUCCUUAUCUCCCGGCCGCUGACAGGGUCACCUACAAAUCCAGCAGUAAACCACGCGCUAGAUUCCUGAGUGGGCCUGUUUCUCUCUCCAUCUGGUCGACGCUGAAACGGCUCUGCCUGGGGAAAGAACGUGGAAACAGGCCUGCAGGUCCUCCUGGGGCAUCCAAUCACCCCCAGGUGCCCCCAGGUUCGACUCCCUCGCCGCACCACCGAGCAGUGGGGCUAGCCCAAGCACAAAGCAACAACAGCAACAACAACAAUGACCUGUGCCCCGAAGAGCUGCAGAGACUGGUGCAGACAUGGAGCCCCAAACAGCCUUGUUCGUUCACUCACUCCUUCAGCGUGAGAGCACAGCGAGCCACCAGAGCGAGAACCAGGAGCGCUGAAGGGGCGCUUCCAGGCUCAGCGACAGUAACCUCGACCUCGCUGCUUUCUUUUUCAUGGCCCAGGAUUAACUCCCGCACCUCCUCUGAGAUGACCGAGCCCUUGCUCACCCUCCAGGACGGCUUGUCCGUGCGCGACGACGAUUUUGGAGAAUUACCAAGCGCUCCAGUGUACAUUAGUCACUGGCCUGCACUGAGCAUGGCUCUCGAUCAGGGAGGGUUCAUGUUCUCCACGGUGGCUUCAUCCUGGACCAAACGCUCAUCUCCGCCAGAGCCCCUCAGAUCCCAAAACAGGACUCCUACACCCGUGUCUCCCAUGUUGUAGCAUCAGCUUCAUUUCUCUACAGUAGCAUUAGAGUAUGGUAGCUUGUACAACUUUAUCAGCAUGCAGAGUCUUACUUAUAUCGGAUGUAAAUAUCCAUGCUGAUGGCACGUAUACGACCAUAAUUAUGUACAGUGUGUUUUUACAUCAACUUUUGCUCAUAAAAUCUCACGCCUAACAAUGACGUAUAAACCGAGAUACUCCUGUACACUUACAUCCAUGAUAUCCCUGUACAAUACAUAGACACUGUAUAUAAGCACAUUGAAAUGUAGCCUUGCAGCCCUCUUUUAUAUAUAUAUAUAUAUAUAUAUCACAUUCGCGGCAUCACUGUGAUGCCUUGAGCCAGUCCUGCAGUAAUUAGUGCGUCAUACCCAGGAUUCUGGAGUAAGACAGGAAGCUAUAUUUGACACAAACGGUUGGUCAUUGGACCGCAGGAGCUGCUGAUAAAUGUUCAAACUGUCUGAUAAUUCAAGGUGGAGAGUUUACACGAGUGCCUCGAACAGCAGUUUUGGAUCCACUGGGUGGACGGCAAUAAAAAAAUAACUCGCAAAUGAUUCGCCUAUAAAAGUCAGUCUCACGUUCAAGGCUUCUAAUCGUCCCGUUCGCGGGGAAACGGCGUGACGGAUGCGGGAACGUUUUGGACGACGUCCGGCAGUCUAGGACGAAACAGCGGCCGUCCCGUAGGAGAACGUGGAGCACCCAGGUUCGCCCGGAUGAUAUUCAAACACACGGACGCCGUGCGAGGUUUACUAAACGAUCGUGAUUUGCGGCCCUGUACGAUCUUACCUCUCACUCGACGAGGUGAUGAGGUUCGAACGUGCAGCGCCUGGACCGAAGGAACAGGACGGGGAAGCGUGCAAGCCGUGUGUACAGUGACGUGUCUAUUCCGAGUAUAUAUCCACUGAUAUGGGAGCGAGAUCAUGCCUGUGUCUGCACACGACUUCUAACGUGACACCGUGUUAUAGCAAAAGUAUGACAGUGAGCGUAUGCGUCGUGUGUGUAUCAUAGACCGAGUAUACGUGUUUUGUGUGUGUGUGUGUGUGUGUGUGUGCGCGUGUGAGAGAGAGUGGCCAUUUUCUAAAUGCAAAAACUUAUUGUAUUCAGAGUUCGGUCUUCGCACCCUCCCCCUUUUCUACCCGGUCAGAAUAAUGUAUAGAUGCCAUCAGCUUUUGUGUAACGUCAUGCCUUACUCCACAGGACGACCCGAAAACAAAACGGUUUACUCAAAUGUAUAAAUGUCUUGCUGUUCCACAACGCGAUAAUACCGCUGUAUGAAAUAAGGAUUCUUCUUAGAAGUAAAUACGUGUAUACUUUGUACAGUGUAUAGUCAGAAGGCUAUUAUUUUAAGCAGCUGUUCCAUAUUCUCUGCUCUUGUAUAUCUUAGCUAUGCAAAAAAUGCCCACCGUGAUACUGCAUUACCGCCGUGAGGUUCUCCGCUUGUAUAUUAUGCCUGCACCAAAAUCCUACCGUGCUCAACAAGUCCUGAUCUUCCUGUGUUCGCAGACUAGAGCCAAGUCUGGACACUGUUUGCAAAAGUAAAGAUAUUAAAUCUCUCAUGUUUAACCUGUG